GUCCACUAAACCCCGCCCACUGUCGUCGCUCGUAAAGUUUCGGAAAUCCCGCUGAUAUCCUCGUUUCUCCCCGUUUUUCUGACUUGCCGACUUCCUGGUGGCCUCUCCGCUGGAUUUUACUGAUGGUGGUCUAAGAGGGAAGCAUGGUGGUAAAUUCCGUGCACUGGUUCCGCAAAGGUUUGCGGCUGCACGAUAAUCCGGCGCUGCAGGAGGCCCUGAGCGGAGCGGACACUGUGCGCUGUGUUUAUGUCCUGGACCCGUGGUUCGCUGGAGCCGCUAACGUCGGGAUCAACAGAUGGAGGUUUCUGCUGGAGUCUCUAGAGGACCUGGACAACAGUCUGAAGAAGGUCAACUCGAGGCUGUUUGUCAUCAGAGGUCAGCCGACCGAAGUCUUCCCGAGACUCUUCAAGGAAUGGAUCGUGACCCGGCUGACGUUUGAAUACGACCCGGAGCCUUACGGGAAGGAGAGGGAUGGCGCCAUCAUCAAGAUGGCCCAGGAGUUUGGAGUGGAGACGGUCAUCAGAAACUCGCACACCCUCUACAGCCUGGACAGGAUAAUCGAGAUGAACAACAACAACGCUCCCUUGACCUUUAAGCGAUUUCAGACCAUUGUGAGCAGGUUGGAGUUACCAAGGAGACCUCUGGCUCCCAUCAGCCAACAACAGAUGAACAGAUGUCUCGGUAAAAUCUCUGACAACCACGACCAGCUGUACAGCAUCCCAUCACUGGAGGAGCUGGGUUUCAGGACGGAGGGAUUACCUGCAGCUGUGUGGCGGGGUGGAGAGUCGGAGGCUUUGGACAGACUGAGCAGAUAUGUGGACAAAAACGUGUGGGUGGCCAACACUCAAGCGAAGAUGUGCUCUCUGUAUGCCAGCCCCACAGGCCUCAGCCCCUACCUGCGCUUCGGCUGCCUGUCCUGCAGGGUGUUAUACUACAACCUCAGAGAGAUCUACAUGAAGCUCUGUAAACGUCGCAGUCCUCCUCUGUCCCUGUACGGCCAGCUCUUAUGGAGGGAGUUCUUUUACACCGCCGCCACCAAUAACCCAAACUUUGACCGCAUGGAGGGAAACCCGAUCUGCGUGCAGAUCCCCUGGGACCAGAACCCAGAGGCAGUGGCCAAGUGGGCCGAGGGACGGACCGGUUUCCCCUGGAUUGACGCCAUCAUGACUCAGCUGAGGCAGGAGGGCUGGAUCCACCACCGGGCCCGGCACGCUGUGGCAUGCUUUCUCACCAGAGGUGACCUGUGGAUCAGCUGGGAGAGCGGGAUGAAGGUGUUUGAGGAACUGCUGCUGGAUGCAGACUGGAGCGUGAACGCCGGCAGCUGGAUGUGGCUGUCCUGCAGCUCCUUCUUCCAGCAGUUCUUUCACUGCUACUGUCCCGUGGGCUUUGGGAGGAGGACCGACCCGUCAGGAGACUACAUCAGGCGUUACCUUCCCAUCCUGAAGGACUAUCCGAACCGGUACAUCUACGAGCCGUGGAACGCCCCCGACUCUCUGCAGAAGGCGGUGAAGUGCGUGGUGGGAGUGGAUUACCCCAAACCGAUGAUCAACCAUGCAGAGGGCAGCCGGCUCAACAUCGAGCGCAUGAAGCAAGUUUACCAGCAGUUGUCCCAUUACAGAGGACUCAGUCUGCUGGCAUCAGUACCGACGAUCCAGGAGGAGGCAGAACCUCCGAUGACAGAUGAGUCCCAGACCAGCAGCGGACCCGAUUCUCCUUCCAGAGAUCUCGCUGAAGUAGAAGAAGCUGGCUACCUGGCAGUUCCUGAUUCCUCCACCUCAUUCUUUCAUCCAGACCAGGAGGACAUGUUCCACCAUCAUCCUUUUCUGGAUCACUGCACCUCCUCAGGCCAGCCUUCCUCUCCUACCUCCUGUCCGGUCCACAGUCCUGCACCCCGGUCCAAACCCAGUUCUCCCUCCUCUUCCUGCCCCUCCCCGUCCACCAGCCCGUCCUCACUCCCUCUGAGUGUCUCAUGGGGGCCUCGAAGGAAAGGUGUUGCCCACAAGGGCCGACGAAGCCAAAGAAAAAGUGGACGUCAGUGCUGCCCUAUGGCGGCAGAGGAGGAGGAGAGGAUGCAGGAGGAGGUGGAUGAAGAGAGCAUGGAGGAGGAGGAGAUAGCAGCGGUGACACCAGGUGGACAGUUAAAGUAGGACAGGUAGUCACUGCAUUCAGUGGUGCGCUUAUGACAACAAAUCAGAGAAAUAAUGCAGAAAUACAGCGAUUCCUAAAUUCAGCAGGAAUCAUUUCAGAGAGAUGAUAUAUAUAUUACAUUAUGAACAACACAUAAAAGCAACGUCAUUCUGAAAAAACAAUCACAAUAAAAAUAAAUAAAUAAAAAUACCAUAAACCUCGUGGAUAAAACAAAAGACAAAAUGAGUUGAAAGUACAGUGUUGGUACCUAGGAUGUAGGAUCAUGUGGGAUAGGCAGGUCCAAACAGGUGGGUUUUGGGAGUUUGAGUCUUGAAUGUGGUCAGGGAUGAAAUUGUGUGAAGGUUCAGAGGGAGCACCUUUCAGAGUCGAGAGGCAAAGCGACUGAAAGAUCUUAGACUCAUGGUGGAGAGCUGGGCAGGAGGAAGGGAUGGAAAUGGCAGAGCUGGACCUUAACAUAUAGGAAGGUGCGUAGAUUUCAAAAGGUUUAGGGGUUAUGGAGGGCAUUGAAUUUUAAGUUUGGUACAGAAAAUGACUAAAAACCAAUGAGGGACAUUCAAGACAGGUCAGAUAUGCUGCGUGGAUGAAGUUCUGGAGAUGAUGCAGGCAGCAGAAUUCUGGACCAGUUGAAGCUUGUGAAGAUAUUUGUUGGGUAAGCUACAGUAUAUAAAGGAGCGUUACAAUACUCUUGACGCGAGAGGAAAGAAGGAUAAAGGAAUUAUUAAAGGUCGAGUUAGAGAAGGUUAUAGGAAAACCACAUUUAAAUAUCUUAUACAGUCGAGGAAAGAAGGGAUGAAGUGCAGUGGUAACCUUUGUUAAUUAACAGAGCUGGGUGUCCUCUGGAUAAAUCUGCAAUUGUAUGCCAUACUUUCAAAAAAUAUUGCCAAGAGGAAGAAGAUGGAUGAUGAAAAGUGGUGUGCCCCAGGACAGAGCCCUGGGGCACACCACUGAUAAGGUUGGGAGCGAUGGUUCUUCUGACCAGAUAGUUAUGAUGGGAACCAGGAUAGAACUGGAUUAAUAAAACCACGAGAAGCUGAAUAGUGUCAAACACUGCAGUAAGGUCAAGAAGAACAAGAAUAUAGAGAAGACCCAAGUCUGCCAUUUAAAAGGUCAUAAAUGUGCAAAAGUCCAGUAGAGACGUUACAGGUCAAGACUACAUCUUUUCGAGGGACGUUCAUGUCUUCCUCACUGGGAUAAUGGGGAAAAAACACAUUCAAGACAUAUUCCAAAGAUCCCGGCUGAAGAAGAGAAUAUGACUGACCCGUGCCUGUAGAAAGUGUCAGAGAAUUUUUGAUUAAAUUCACUUCAAUUAAAACAGGGCAGCAUUUUAACUUUUUUUUUAUUUUAAGCACAUUUCCAACUUCUUUAGCGCGUUUUGUUAAUAAAAUGAGCUUUAAACAUUUUCCGCUCAGGUACCCUCAGGUUUUGGAGAAUAGUCUGUAUAUUUCAUGCAGCCAGUUGGAGACUAAGGAACAUUUGUAUGUUUGGAAAAUCCACAUCUGAAAGCAUACACACAAUGCAAUAAAUGGAAUCAGUGCCAAACAUUAAAUCCCAGUUAAUUCAAAUUAGGACAGAAACUGAAGCAGGUCUGCAGACACGCAGUCACAAAAAUCACUGCUAUGGUGUAAACAUCUUAUUUGAACCAACUGAAGCCAUUUCAUGUUUGUAAGAUCUGUUAUAUGCUCCAUCUCUUAUUUUAUAAAGAUUUUAUGAGAGCAGAGUGUCUCUCUGAAGCACAGACUUUAUUUAAAGGUUGGAAUAAGUUGAAUCUGGGUUCUAUCAAGCCAAAAUACAAACCCCUCUUCUCCUCUGAUGGCAUUGGGAGUCUCUCCUGUGCUCCAGGUUCUGAUGUUCUGCUGGCUGCAUGUUAAACUGUAUAUUUAUCUUCCUGUAGUAAUGCUUUGUAGCAGUCUGAAAAACCAGCAACAAAUGAAAGAGUUUAAACAUUUCUACAGUUUAAUUCACUGCAUUGAGGCUGUGCACUGUCUGCAGGAGCUUUAUAUUCACUGUUUGGGAAGAGUUUAACAUCGGGUUCAGGCUUCCUCCUACCCUCUUUUUGGAUCUCAGAGGUGACAUCCCAGGGAAACUGGAUGCUGUUAAUGUGAAAUUGCCAGUAGUUAAAUCCUGCCUUGCUGUACAUAAGCUGGUACUUUAGAGCCUACUUAUUACCCAGCUAAAAUAUUAGAGUUUAUAACAGAGAAUAGUCCUGGAGCCUGAACCCGAUGUUACUGCAGUGUGCUGACUCCGUGUUUCAGGAUGAAGCUGAUGUUGCAUUUUUAAGUCCACAUCCUUCGGUUCUGUUCGGGUUCUUGACAACUUCUUGUUUAUAUGUAAAUGUAUAAAGUGAAUAUUAUAGUUAUAGUUGAUAUUUUUGCCACCAGCGACUGUUUGAGGACCCUAGAUCCUGUGGUUGUUCUGCAGGGCGGCAAACAUGAAGGUGAAUCGUUGCUUUACGCAGGGAUUGCUUCUGUGUAACUUGACUGCAGAGUAAAAAUGUUUUCUUGUUCUUCACUUUUAUUUAUCUGUUUGUAUAUAAAAUAUAUAAAGCAUUCAA